AUGGCAUUCUGGGGAGUCAUCACUCCGCUCUUCCUCUUGACAAUAUUUGCAUCCUAUUCGCUCGCUGCACCUUACCUUAACGGAACCACAAGAACAUAUUAUGUGGCAGCCGUGGAGCAAGACUGGGAUUAUAUGCCCACUGGUAUGGACAUGGUGAACGCGGUGCCCAUCGAAGACUCUCCGCAAGCCGCUGCAGUCGCGGGACAGAACGGGCAGAGAAUCGGACAUGUGUACAAAAAGGUCCUCUUUCGCGAAUACACUGACGGCGGCUUUACCGCCCAGACGCCCCGUCCAAGCUGGCUGGGCAUGCUUGGUCCGAUUAUUCGUGCGGAGGUCGGUGACACCGUUAAGGUUGUCUUCCGAAACAUGGCAUCCCACAACCACACGAUGCACCCACAUGGCUUCCGUUAUGCAAAGAGCAGCGAGGGAUUGUCUGAUGCCAUGCAAAUGUUUGAUGGUAAUGCCGUGCCACCAGGCGGGACUUGGACGUAUAUCUGGGAGGCCCCAGAACGUUCUGGCCCAGGCCCGUUGGAUCCUCCGGGGCUUGCUUGGACCUAUCAUUCAGACGCUGCAGGUACUCAAGACGUAUUCAGUGGUCUUGUGGGUGCUUCGAUCAUCUAUCGUCCCGGGGAACUGGCAAAACAUACUUUAGAUGUCCCAGCCCCUCCCGGCUCGAAUCUGAUCGAGGAAGUACUGACGCUCUUUUUGAUCGUGGACGAAAAUCAAUCGUACUAUAUCGACGAGAACACGCUUAACAGGACCAGUAUUUCCGAAGGCCAGCUUCAGGUGAACAGAAUGGAUGCCGGCUUCCAAGAAAGCAAUCUGAAACACAGCAUCAAUGGUUUUAUGUUCGGCAAUCUCAUGGGCAUCAACCUUACUGCAGGCACUCAGGCCACCUGGCAUGUUGAAGCGCUGGGGAACGUUGUCAAUGCGCAUACACCUCACUGGCACGGGAACACACUGAUGUGGGCACAGCAGCGAAUUGAUAUCGUAAGCACGUUUGGACUUCUGCGCAGGACCAGAGAUGGCGUGUCCCGCGAAGUCUAUCUCAUCAACGAUCAACAGCCUGGGCCGUUGAUCGAGGCUGACGAGGGAGACGACUUGGAGAUCUUCGUGCUAAACAAUCUCCCCGUCGAGCAGACAAUUCACUGGCACGGCCUCCUUCAACGUGGUACGCCAGACAUGGACGGCGUUCCCGGUGUCACUCAGUUUCCGAUCCCGCCCCAAGGGAAUUUCACUUAUCGGUUCUCGACCGGGUCAGAAUACGGCUUCUAUUGGUAUCACUCUCACUUUCGAGCCUAUUACAACGAUGCCGUACGCGGGCCACUCUUGAUACGUCCUUCACCAUUGCGCCGCCGCUCGUUCGAGGGCUUUGCACGCGAUAGCACGGAAUUAGACGCGAUGUUACAAGCCGAGCGAGCCGCGACGCCGCUUGUGUUGACCGACUGGUAUCAUCGGCUCUCAGAUGUUGUUUACGAGGAAUACUUUACCACCGACGCCUUCCCUCAAUGUGUCGACAGCCUUCUGGCAAAUGGAUUUGGGAGAGUCCAGUGUUUGCCUGAAAGUGUCCUGCAGGCCGGUCCCGGACUGAGAUUGGAGUCUAUUGUCGCCAGCGAUCCUCACGACCCUCUGAGUACGCCGGUGCCUACGGCGUCUGCCAGUAUGUCUGACAUGCCGAUAGACACAAGUUCAGGUAUUGGCACUUCGAUGGAAACAAUGUCAUCGUCACCCCUAUCGAUGGACUCAAUGUCGAUGGAUAUCUCCAUGAACAUGCACAAACGAGCAGAUCAUGCAACAAUGACAGCAGCAGACUCGACAGUCUCUGGUAUGACCAUGCUAUCCGCCAGCAGCACUUCCACGUCCCCAAUGGAGACCAUGUCUGGCAUAGCCGACAUGUCCAGUCUUGGUCCUAAAGGUUGCAGUAUGCAAAUGAUGUUCAAACCAGGCUUUAACACAAGUUCUCUGCCACCAGAGACAUGUAUUAACACCGCGUCAGAACUGUUCAAGUUUGAUGCUGAUGCCUCUCAAGGCUGGGCGGCUUUUCAUCUGGUCAACGCAGGUGCCGUGAGCAGGCUUAGUGUCUCACUCGACGGACACUCCAUGUUCGUCUACGCUGCAGACGGACUCUAUGUGGAGCCGCAAGAGGUCAAGGUUCUACACAUCUCGAUUGGCCAGCGGUAUUCUGUAAUGGUGAGACUCGAUCAGGAACCAGGGGCCUACUACCUGCGGUUUGCUUCGUAUCCGUACGGUGACAUGCAGCAAGUCAUCGAAGAUCAAGCAAUUCUGUCUUACCAGACUAAUGGCACCAACAAGAAAGAAUAUGGGCCCAGUGAAUGA